CCGAGGUAACGCCGUGGCUGACAAACUUCACCGUUCCCGUAACUGUUGUUAGAGGUGUAUUCAUAACUAAAAUGGAAUAAAUAGUCAUAGUUUUCAAGGUUAAAUGUUUGACGUUUGAAAGAAGCCAUGUCAGCUGAGAUCUGGGGUCCUGACCCCUUGGCCUCAGUAGCACCAUGGAAGCCCUCCACCACUGUCAAGGAUAUCAAACAGGAUCCAGGGAUUUACCAGAGGCAACGGGUUGGAAAGCACCAGCGACAGGCGUCCAGCCAAAGAAGCUGCUUCUUAGGGUUGGAAUUGAAGCCAGAGUUGGUCUGGGAGGACUGGAACCUACAAAGAGAGUUCACCAAGACAUUAGUGUUAAAAAAUGUUCAUAGCAAGCUGCAGAAGCUACACGUCAGGCCUCCAGUGUCCAAGUUUUUCACUACCUUGAGUUCAGAGAUGAUUGUUAUCAGCCCAGGGACUUCUUUCUCCAUGCCAAUCAGCUUUAGACCACUCCAGAGGUGUGAGUAUGAAGACAGCAUUGAGUUUCAAGGUAAAGAUGGAAGCUUCCAAGUAUGCCUCCGUGCCACCAUUCCCUGUUAUGCCCUGGAGGUGCCUGACUCUGUGCUGCUGCCACUCUGUGCUGUUCAAAACUCAUCACAUACUACAUUCCUGCUCAAAAAUGUCAGUAAACUUCAAACAUGCUUCCAGUGGGAGUGCGCAGCACCAUAUCAGCUAAGCCCUGAGCAAGGCCUGUUGAAGCCCGGCCAAGAGUGUCUCAUCACUGUGAUAUUCCAACCACAAGAGGCACUGGUGUACCAGCAACAGGCCAGAUGCAGGUUUGGAGAGGAAGAGGACAAGGCAGAGAACUCCUGCACUGUGCUACUGCAGGGACUAGCUAAAUACCCACGUCUUCAGUUGAGAAAUCCAGGUACCAAGGGUGAAAAAGAACAGUGUUCUUCAGAGCUGCACUUUGGCUCUGUGGCAGUUGGACAAAGUUUGCAGAAACACUUUGACAUCUUCAACCCCUCUCCUGUAACUGCAUCUUUCUCUCUUUCAAUCCUGUCCUGUGGGGUUGCUUUGUUGGGGUCAGAGUUCAGCUGUGAUAUGACCAGGGGUACGGUGGAGCCUGGUGGAUCACUACGAACUACAGUCACCUAUACUCCUGCUGUGGUGGAUAUGGUAUCUGUUGAGUACUUAUCCCUAAAAUGUAGAGGGGGACUCAGCAAAACUGAGCUCAAACUCACUGGAAACUGUGUAGGUCCCACAGUGUCCUUGUCCUCCUCUGUGGUGGACUUUGGCUGUGUUGAGGAAGGAGGAGCAGUCAUACAGACAGUGGAGCUGGUUAAUUCUUCUCCUUUGGAGGCUGUCUACCAAUGGGACCUUGACUGUAGUGGGAACAGUGUGUUCAGCAUCCAGCCAGCAAGUGGCACUGUACGCCCACAUAGCCAUACCACACUGAAGGCAGUCUAUAGGCCCAUGCAGCCUAUUGCACAUCACAGGAGAGUGGCAUGUCUCAUACUGCACAGGGACCCCAUGUUCCUUGACCUGAUUGGUACCUGUCACUCAGAGCUACAGAAACCACCCAUACUGAAACCAGAAAACUUAGUUCCAUACAAGCUACACUGGAAUCACAGACAGGACACACCGGACACUCUCAGUGCUAUGCAGCAAGAUCACAAUGUACACUUGGACCAACAGGGAGUUCCCUGCCCUGUCGAGGAGCAGUCACACCAUAGACUGGACAGUGCUCGUACUGCGUCCAGACAUCCCAUGGAGGAAUAUUUCCAAUCCUGCUUCGGGCACAUGGAUCCUGUCUCUUACAGCUCUUCUUUAUCAUCUUCAUUUGUGUCUGUGAUGCCCAGUGAACUACUGUUUAAUCACAAAAGAUCCCCCUCUUCUUCUACCGUAUCCACUACCUCUCAGUCUGUCUCCAUUACAAACCACACCAGGGGGAAACUCAGACUGGUGUGGACUGCUGCCCAAGACUCUCCAUUCUCUGUCUCUCCCUCAUCAUGUGACCUUGCUCCACUAAAGUCCACCUCAUUCAGGGUGACCUAUGACCCCAAACAGCUCAAUACUCUGCACGGAGCACAGCUGGAAUGCUUUGCCUACUAUAAGGACAAUCAUCACCUACAGGACAAAGUGCUGUGUCCACCCUGGUGUGUGAUUGUCAGAGUCAUAGGCCACUCUUUUCAACCAGGCAAAGAGCACUUCAUCCCAACCUGCUCCCUGAACCCCCCAGGAGUGGUGUUUCCAGCCCUUAGUGUUCUUUCCUAUCGAACAGUGCUCCUCAAGAAUUGUGGAGACCUGCCUCUCACUUUCUGUUUGGAGCACAGCUCAAACGAUGCCUUGGCAGAAUCUGUGUUUGUUGUGCCAAGCUGUGGUUUGAUCCAGCCUGGGAACAUCCAAAUCCUUACCCUCAGAACAAUUCCCACAGAAGACAGUCCCAAACAAGGGUUCAGUUUACAUCUUCAGCUCAAUGCAACUAAACACACAAAGGAACUGACAGUUGUCAGUGUGGUGGAAAAGCCGUGUGUGUCUCUGGAAGGAGACAGCAGUUUAUAUUUCCAGCAUACAGCGGUGGGCUCACAGACGCAGCGCUCCCACCACAUCAAGAACCUCAGCCGCCUACCUCUUCGAUUCCAGUGGAGCAUUCCAGAGACAGACCAGGAGCUUAUCUUUGUUGAACCAGAUGCUGGUGAACUGCAUCCAAAUGAGAGCUCAGUUCAGAUAUGGUCCUUCAGCCCACUGGCAGAGAAAACAUACACACUCAGACCCACUCUAACCUUCUGGCCGAUACAGACUCCUGGAUGUAACAAGUCACACCUUACCCUUGAAGUGGUAGGGAUGGGCUCCAAAGGCUUCAUCGAGACAGUGAAAGAUGUUCUGGAUUUGGGGGAGACUCUGGUUGGAAGCUAUCGGUCCAUUCAGGUUCCUCUGAACAACAACAGCCCUUGUCCUAUCUCGUUUUGUCUCUCUGUGCAGCAGAUGCUUCAGGAUGAAGACCUUACUCAUGACCCUGAGACUGAGCCAAAUGCCCUACAGCUGGACUGUGACAGGGGAACCAUCGCCUCACACUCCAAAAUGCUGCUCCGAUCCACUGUCAGACCACACAGACGAGCCCAGUACCUGUGGACCAUCAGCUACCAGACGCUGGAUUCCAGUGGACGUGUGUCAAGCACUCCCCAAGCAGUGUGUGAGGUGCGAACUAAGGGCGUAUUUCCCACCCUACAGGUGAUUGAUGUGCACAGUGGUGGCAGUGUGAGCCAACUCAGCAAGGUGCACCUAUGGAAACUUUUCUCACUAGACACUUUCAAUGAGCACAUGCUGUCCAACCCUUCCUCAGCAGAACUCACUUACACAACCCCUACCAGGCACAGUCUGAGCAGAAGUCCUUCCAUCUUCACCAAAACCAUGCUGGAUUUCAACUUUGGUGCCGCUCCCCUGAAUUCAGAGCCCUCCACUUUUGUGUUGAUGUUCCACAACCCUGGCCCCAUCCCUCUAGACUGGGCAUUCUUGUUUCCAGAGGACCAACAGAUAGAGUUGGAGUACUGGGUCGAGACUGGAGAGUUUAGCAGCACUGAACUGUACCAGAUGAAGGUUCAAAACAAUCAUUUGUUCAGCAUUUCUCCCCGUUCUGGAACUUUGCUCCCUGGCCAGCAGAGGGCAGUAUACUUCACCUACAGCCAUGAAUUUGCUGCGACAGAUCGGUUUCCUGUUGUGUUCAAACUUUCUUAUGGCAGAGAGAUAUUGCUGAACUUUCAGGGGGUUACGGUGGAGAGAGACAGACCCUACCUCCACUUUGCCUCCAAACAACAUGUAUUCACUUCUGUAACUAUUGGGGACCGUUUUCCUCCGAAGCAGGUGUACGAAUUACACAAUGGCGGUGCAGUGCCAGUCCGUUAUGAGGUAGACAUGGCUGUGUUGUCACAGCUACAGGUGGACAACUUUAACCAUCCAGUGCUGUGCUGCCUAAAUCCAGAGGGAGAAGUCCUACCUGGGAAGGCAGUCAUGCUGGAAUGGAUCUUCUCUCCAUUGGAGGCAAAGAUGUACCACAUGGAUGUUCCUAUCCACGUCCAGGAUGGGGACUCCACAUUGGUGAGGUUUGAGGGAUGUGGGUCCUGUUCUCCCACACUGGGCUCCACAAACCCAUUUAACUCUAGUGAAACUAAGGCACCUGAUCCCUGUGUCCAGAGAGUGCCCUUCCCGGGACAGGUGGUUUUCCUGUCUGAGGACAUUGUCUCUCUUGGUGACAUGCCUGUGUGCUCAAAAUCUUCAAGAAUCUUCUUCAUGACCAAUGUGUCCCGCACAGAAACUGUCCACUAUUCAUGGGACAAGCAGAGUUAUCAGCAGGUGGUGCAGAUCCAUCCAGAGAAAGGUAGUCUGAGUCCAGGGGAGAGUGCCCUUUGUGUCCUUACCUUCACCUCUACUGACUACCCCACUAGAUAUCAGCUAAAUGUCACCUGUCAGGUUGUUCAGGAUGCUGCACUGACUCUGUUCCAUAAUGAUUUGCAGCGUUGGGAGGAAGAGAAAGCGAGACAGCAAGAUGAAUUCACUAUCACAGACAAAGUUCUUACAGAAAUCCAAGGAGUUCUAAUAGAUAAGGAACCUGCAGCAGCUCCAUUAAAAAGUGUGCCACCCUUCAGGAAAUACAAGACUCUUCCUCCUAUCUGUUCCAGUGGUAGUUGUAAAACAGUGGGCACAAUAUGUACCAAGACAACAAGAGCUGAGCGGCGGGCGAAGCGAGAAACAGCGAAAUCGUGGAGGUGCCCUGAACCCCCACAACCUGCUCUGCUGCAUCUGGGGGUUAAUGCAAACUCUCACGGGCUGCUGGAUUACCUCACACACUUUCCUGACCAGUCCAAUAAGCACUGCAGGUGCCUCCAUUCAGCCCAGCAACCUGAAACAACUUCUUCAAGCAUACCCCUCCCUGCUGGGCUGCCUUCACAUUGCCCUGACAGAGAUCUCAGCAUGCAUGUACUCACCUCUCUGCUCAGGGAUAUAGUAGAUGAUCCAGCCUUCAUCCAGCAUCUGAUUACUUUGGCAUCCAAGCCGAUCACCUACCAGCUCCCUAGCAGCCCCUCUCACUGUUCCUGCCCUCCUUCCUCUCUCCCUUCCCCUCCCUGCCCCACACCUCCUCCCCAGCCUAAAGCUGUGUUGAGUGGAACAGUGGCUGGGCAGAAAGAACUGCACAACACAGUGGACAGUGAGGGGACUGUGGGAUGUUUAGGAAACAGCCCCCAAAUACAAAAACGACCACACACUGAACAUGUGCCUGCUGACAUGAGCGAGGAUGUUUUGCUGAACACCCUCCAGAACCUGAUGAUGGAAGCUGUCAGGGGAGAGCUUGUCCUCACAGCACACCCACGCACUGUCUUGACGCCUGUUUCCACCAGAACCAGGAGGUUGUCCAGAGCCAUGGCUGAGGAGAGAGAUUUGAGGAACAAAAAUGAACCAGCAGGGAUCUAAGUCUCACCAUCUAUCCAACAUGCCAGAGGUCUGUCUUUCCUCUGUUGUUUUCAUUAAAAAACAACUUAUUGUCCAUCAGUUUUCCUCUUUUCGAUGUUCUCUUUGCCCUGACACAUGACCUGUACCACUGUGUCCCACUUAGUGCCAUCCAUCAUUUUCACUCCAUCAAAAUGGAUUUACUUUCUAUUUGCUAGUCUUUGCAGCUUCCUUUCUCAGUGACAUAAUAAUCUCAGUAUGUAUCAGAAUGUGGUGGUAUGUAUACAUUGUUAAAUAUUUUAGGCAUUAACAAGAGAUUCCAACUUAUUUACAGAUCAUUUGCAUUUUACAUUUGCAUCUGGUUCAGUUCCGUUUCUUCAGUAUUGGAAUAUUUGUCUUUCUAGGCAAAUCAAUAGCAGUAAAUGUCAGUAUCAAUAUACAUAAUUGCGCAGUAAGGAAUAUGGAAUAUCUUCAUACAGAUAUUAAUUGCCUGUUAAAUGUAAAUAUGUUUCAUACUUUUUCUUCCACAAUAGAUCUCUGUGAAAUUACGUUGACUCUGCACAUUUUGGGACACUGUGCAUGUUCUAUUAACUGUUCUCAAUAUUUCCUGUUCUGAAGUAUCAACCAACACACCAAAGGAUAAUAAGGGUAGAAGACAAUUUAUGACAUAUAUUCAAACAUCAAAUAAAAUCAUAUUUCAUGUCACGUUUGUACAACUCAUGUGUA